AUGGACCGAGGCUGGAGCGACAUCGUCGCGACUCGCGCCGCGGCUCUGCAGCGGCAGGUCGAACUCGAAGCGAGGAGGGACUGUGAGCCACAGCUCGACCGGACUGCAUCCACCCAGCAUGCGGCAGCUGCGGCGGAGACGAGGGCGAUAGCGCUGCAGCGCGAGGUCGAGCGCAUGGCGCGUCUCGCGCAGCACAAGGGCAGCCAGGUUGCCGUCACACCGCCGUCUCUGCGGCAGCGGUGCGACCCCGAGGCGGCGUUGGCGGCCGCCAGCUUGUGCGGACUUCCCUCUUCGCUGCCGCCGCCUGCCCUCCCGCUGGAGCGGUGCGUUACGAUCCUCGAUACGUCGGCUAUCGAGAAUGCGUGCCCCUCCCAACCGCUCUCUCCGCCGCGGCUGCCUUCCGAGGGCAGGCAGGGAGCGGCGCUGCUCCGGAGCGAGGAGUGCUGCCUCGACGCGCUGCUGCAGCUGAGCUAG